AUGGGCGUCUGGCUCAACACAGCUGAAGUUGCUGAAUGGAUCAUCCACAACGGUCUCCAGGGGGACAGCGAUAUAUUAGAAGCAUUGAACCAUACCAAAUUAAAAGGAAACGAUGCUUCCGAUGCCAAAAAUAUGGCCAUCCGGCAUGGUCAUGUUAGGAACCGGCAAGGUGCGGGCACUGCGCGGGCAGCCACGUACAGUGGCACUGCACUCCAGAGGUCAGAGGUAAAUGCCUGGGGUGCAAUGGAGAACAUCCGACUGGAGACCACAGAUGCCAAACCCCCCUUAACGGAGACCUGCAAUAUUAAAACGAAACCUACGCAUGCUACAGUUGAACAUUAUAAAAGUCUAGGCCAUGCACGGAGGCAUUGGUCAAUGAUACAAAUCCCCAAAGCCUUGAAAUUCUUCUUAUACACGAACCACCAAUCUCAGCAUUCCAAAUGUAUGUGA